UCCCAUCACGAUUUUGAGUCAGACAGAGACUACUCGUUGCUAGUGAACCGAGUGGAGCGCACGUCUCGCCACAAUUAGAAUCAAUAACUGAAAUAAAUAUGGUGCCUGUGUCCAUCGCUGAGCCCGCAGUGCGGUCUUACAUCAUUUACUCGAGUGUUUUAGCCCUGAAAGUGUUGGGUAUGUCAGUGUUAACAGCAAUGGUUCGACACAAGAGAAAAGUGUUCGCAAAUGAAGAGGAUGCUAAAUCGGUCCGAGGAAUUGUAAAAUUCGACGAUCCCGACGUAGAGAGAACCCGACGCGCUCAUUUAAAUGAUUUGGAGAAUAUACCGGCGUUCUGGGUGCUCGGUGCUUUGUAUUUGACCACAGGACCUUCCACCGAGUUGGCUACCCUUCUGUUCAGAGUGUUCACAGCUGGUCGGAUCCUACACACGAUUGUUUAUGCUGUGAAGCCAUUGCCUCAGCCGGCGCGCGCUAUUGCAUUUGGAAUUCCAUAUCUUAUCAAUUGGUUUAUGGGUUUGAGAAUUGUUUCUCAUUACAUGGGCGCAUUAUAAUUUCUAAAAUAAGUAUAAUUAUUACAUACUUUUAUUUACCUAUCCAGAUCUUGUGUUGUAUAGAAAGUGUGCAUUUCGAGUAUGGAAACAUUGACUGAUUUUAAUUGCCUACGCCAUGAAAAGACGAGAUUAUUUUGUUCUCCAUAUACCUACCUAAUUAAUCUUUGUGGUACUCCAGACACUUAAAAUUUUAACUUUUACUGACUGAUUUUAAUGAUUUUUGGAUCAAAAAAAAAUUUUCUAUCUCUUGUAAGAGCUACCAAGUACCUACCAACAAUAUCAAAGUAGCACCUAUUGAUAAACCCAGGGAAGGGCGAAUUAUUGUGAGUAAUUGGAUUGUAAUUUGUUUUUGUUCUAUUUCGGAAAUCACAUUAGGUAGGUAUUACAAUGUGAUUACCUAACCUAGCCUAUUGGCGAAAAUUAUAAAAAACUGAUUAUUGUGUGUAUUUAAUUUAUUUAUUCAUUAUUCUUUGAUAUAUACAUAGAUAUGUAUGUAUUUGUAACAAUACUGUCACAAGUUUGUA